AGCACUGAGGCGCCGGGGAGAGCGGAGGAGACGAUGCCUCGGCUCCUCGGGAAAACUGGGCUUCUCGGCUUUGUCCUGCUCACGCUGCUGCUACCCGCCGGGAGAGGGCUGCCCCUGAGAAAGUUCCCAGGAUCCGAAUCCGGCCUCCCAGGGCCCCAGGACAGGAGCCACACCAAGCCAGCUGAGGUUUCUACCUCACCUGGUCCCAGGUUACCCCAAGAAGAGGAGGAGGCGCCAUUGUCCUCCCGGACCAGGAACCAAGCUGGUCUUCGACGACAUAAGCGCCGUGGCAUAUCUCAACCAGUGAACCCAACCCAUCAAAGUCCAAAGGAUGGUGAACCUCCUACUACCCUGGAAACUUCUCCCUUCCUAUUGGAACUUCAGAGCCUUCCUGGAUUGGCUGAUGUAGAUCUCAGUGCCCAAAACCCCAACAUUCAGGUGACCAUUGAGGUGGUAGAUGACCUGCAGGCUGAGAUGGAGAUGGACUUGUUGACAGAAACCAGUGAUUACUGGUCCUUGGGCUCCCCCAGCUGGCUUCCUGCCAAAGAGCUUUUCUGGCCUCUGUUCUGGGGCUAUACAGAGGGUGAGGAGGGAGGAUCUGGGCCCCAGCCAGAGGGGAAAGCCCUCAAAGAGGAAGAGGGAAAGGAGGAGGCCAAUGAAGAAGACUAUGCUGCAGAAUAUGAGGAGGAAGAAGAUGAAGAUGAAGAGGGAGAGCCUAUGCUGAGUGGAGUAGGAAGCAACUGGAAUCAAAGGUGGCCAACACCAAAGACUUGGGACUUCAUGGAGAAAUAUAAUUAUGAUUAUGAGAUGGAAGAGGAAUGGAGCCCCUGGUCCUCUUGUAGUGUCACCUGCAGCAGUGGCACUCAGAAAAGGACCCGCUCCUGUGGCUAUGCCUGCACAGCAACAGAGUCUCGAAUUUGUGAAUUGCCUCGAUGCCCUGGAACAGAAAGCAAGACAGGCUUUCCCAGUGAGGAUUGGCUGCCAGAAGUCCACAAUGACACCCAGAUGCUUGGCUCAGAUGUGGACAGCUGUGAGAAAUGGCUAAACUGCAAGAGUGACUUCUUGGCCAAAUACAUGAGCAAGGUGCUGACAGACCUGCCCAGCUGCCCAUGUGCCUACCCUCUGGAGGCUGUGUAUAGUGCUGUGAGCCUUCCCGAUGAGCAGCAAGGCAGAAGCUUCCGCUGGAGGGAUGCGAGUGGCCCCAAGGAGCGUCUGGAUGUCUAUCAGCCCACUGCCCGCUUCUGCCUGCGCUCCCUCCUCUCCUUGGACAGUACCACACUGGCUGCCCAGCACUGCUGCUAUGAUGAGGGCAGCCGACUGCUGACUCGUGGCAAGGGGGCUGGCGCACCUGACCUCAUCAGCACUGACUUCUCCCCAGAGCUACACUUCAAGGUGGACACCCUGCCUUGGAUCUUAUGCAAAGGUGACUGGAGUCGUUAUCAUGCAGCAAGACCUCCAAACAAUGGGCGGGCCUGUGCUGACAACCCACCUGAGGAGGAAUACCUGGCCCAGUUACAGGAAGCCAAAGAGUAUUAACCUAGGGGUCAGGGAGGCCCAAGAAAAGGAGGAUGAAUGGAGAUUUGGCUUUGUCUCUGGUGGCUGGGCCAGAGGCGAUGGGGGUCCUGUUGGCUGCUGCCUAGGAAUAUCUGGAAAAGGGUAGGAUAAGAACACCUCACAACUGGGGUGUCUAUGCUAAGG